GCAUCCGACUACUGAUCACUAUUCAUAUUUCAAUAAAUGUCUAGGUGAAACAAGAUAAAUUUCGAUUAGAUUCUCUAACAUAUUAUACUAGUUAAAAAAACAAAGAUAUUUUGUAUAUUAUAUCAUAGUGUGUAUAGCAUAUAAUUGUAUAAUAUACGUGGUAAACAUUUUAUAAGCAAUAAUCAUGGGAGGCAAAAAGAAACGGAACAAGACCAUGCAAAAUAUAACUGAAAAUACAGAAGUCGAAAAUGUUAAUGAACAAAGUACUGAAAAUCAUGAUGUCAUUAGUGGAUCACAACAAGAAAACCAAGAAGAUACUGAGAUCUUAGACAAGAAAGUAAACAAGAGACCUCAUGCAGAUGAUGGUUCAGACUCAGAUUCGGAAAAGCCUAAAAAAGCAAAAAAGAAAAAGAAGAAACCACCUGUGGCUGCAGAGGAAACAUCAAAUAAAAAAGGUAAGAAGUCAAUACGUCAGUUGAAAAAGGAAAAAUAUGCUCAGCGACAAGCCGAUGCACAAGCAGUUGCUAAAGAUCAAUUGAAAUCUCAAUGUCUCAACUACCUAUCACAGUGGAAACAUGACAAACAAAAUUGGAAAUUUAUGAAAGCUAAACAAGUGUGGCUAUAUAAAAAUAAAUUUUCUACACAACUUGUACCAGAAGCAAACUGGCCAGUCUUCUUAGAAUAUUUUGAAUCAGCAACAGGAAACAUUAAGAAGAUGCUGCUUGAUGAUGCUCACAAAAUUAUAAAACAAAUGGAUGAGUGGACUGAAUCACAUCAAAAUGAAGAUGCUGAAGAUAAAGAAGAAGAAACCACAUCAGUAACUAAACCUGACGAAAACAUUUAUAAUAGAGCUCGGAGUUUAAUACAAUGUCUACAAGAAUAAAA